AUAGUGUUGUAUAUGGCUUUGGUUUGCCUUCCAUUAACUUUUCGUUUAUUCACAGCUUUUUGCAUGAAGAACUUGCAUUUCAAAUUUCAAGUUCUUGUCAUUUUAGUAUGUCCCACUUAUAGGCUUUCUGGGUAGUGGCAAUUUUUCAUGCUUUCCAUUUAUGUCAAUCUUCUAGAACUUUCAAAUUAGACUCUGUAACAAUGGUUUUCUGCAGUAUAUAAGUGUCUUUGUUGAUACUAUUGUUUUUAUAGAGUUUCCUGAUUAAUGAUUGUUUUUCGUUAAUUGUGAGAUUAUGCUGAACCAUAAUUUUUUUUUUUUUAAUAGAACAUCAUCAAUCAUGCAGUGGACAUGAAGUUGAAAAUGCGCCCUAAAAAUCAUCCAGCAAUGAAGGUAAGGUGGAAAGGGGGAAAAUGUUUUACACAAUGACUAAACCUUUAACACAAAACCUAUAACUUGUUGUCAGGAGUAUCUCCAAAAUAUGGACUUUUCUGUACAUGUAUACACUAAGAAAAUUGUAGGUACUAAUUAAUGUGAAGAUGUUGCAAAUGUUCAGGGUCAAAGGUGAAGGUCACAGAUGCAAGCUAAAAUGAAAAUUUCACACAUUGAUGCAUGGCAUACUUUUGAUAAUCUUCCAGGUUUAGUAUCAUGGUCACAGAUACCUUAACAUAUUGAAACAGAUAAAUGUCUCAAAAACUGUAUUUGUGCACACAAAACAUAUAUAUAUCUAUGAUUAUGGUACUCCUUGCAAAAUUUACCUGCAAUCAUAUAAGGGGAAAUGUCCAGAGUAUAUUAGAAACUUGGAAAUGGCAAUAUAUUUGUUGUGUUCUGAAUAUUAACUGUCAUUUGAACCUGGUUAGACAGGCCAUUUGGGCUUCUUGUUUUAUGAAACAGAUGGUGUUAAAAAUUUAAUAAUAAGUAUUGGCACCUUACAACAUUACAGUAUAGAAAUAAAUGUUAAAGAUAUAUAAAACCUUUGAUGGUCACAGGCAUUUUAAUCGUUACUUAUUAUUAUUUUGUAUCUUCACAAUAUAAUGGUUUUUAUCCUUUUCAGCACAAGUACCACCACUGCAAGCAGAUGGUAUGGCGUCAUCUGCAUCUGACGUCGCCGUACUGGAAACGGUUUCAGAAUCUAAUACUGAUCUUGUAUACAUUGGCGAUAGCCAAUAUGGCAUCAAAGUGGCCAGGCAGGCUUUGGAAAGGGGUGAGAAGAGUGCCAAGACAACGGAAAAAUUGGCCUUGAACCUGCUGGAGGUGGUUUUGACCCCAGACGAAAUUACAACAUGUACCAUGUAUGGGAAUACCCAACACAAAAAAGAGGCCAUUGAAGACAAGAAGAGGAAGGCAUUGCGAACACACAUAUUUGCAACUUACAAAACUACUGACUGGGAGAAGCUUGUCAGAAUAAUGAACGACAAGAUCCGGAAAAUGAAGAAGAAAAUGGACAACUAACAGGAUUCAGAUUACAGA